AAUAAAUUAAAAACUUAAAAUGUUUAUAUCAAAAAUUGCGAAUGUAAACAAGCAAUUACAAAUCAUCAACAUAAAGCGUUUCUUAUCGCAGUCACAAUUGAGAGAGGCAAUGAUCAAAGAAACAACUUCGACCGAAUGGUUGAAAGCUAAACCGUACCAUACAAUACCAGGUCCAUCAAAAUUGAAACUUCUUAAAGAAUUUUUACCAGGAGGUAAUUUAUUUAAUAAACCCAUCAAUGAUAUCACUACACAAUUACGAAAAGUUUAUGGCGAUAUUUUUAUAUUUCCGGGUACCUUUGGUAAGAACGAUGUUCUAUACACAUUCAACCCUAAGGAUUUUCGUACAGUAUUCCAUACAGAAGGACAUUAUCCAAUACGGCGCGGUUUUGAUAUAAUACAUUAUCAUCGGAAAAUACAUAGACCAGAAGUUUUCAAGCAUGCAGUUGGUUUAGUCGCAGAACAAGGUAAAGACUGGGCACAUUUUCGUUCCGCAGUAAAUCCGGUAAUGAUGAAUCCUAAAACUACAAAACUGUAUGCGUCUAAAAUGAGUAAGGUUUCAGAUGAAUUUGUUAGACGAAUUCGAAAUAUACGUGACUUAUCAACUAAUGAAGUGCCAACAAAUUUCGAAAUUGAAAUAAAUAAUUGGGCAAUGGAAUCAGUAUGUUUGGUAGCCUUAGAUAAAGAAUUGGGCAUGAUUAAUAAUAGUGAAGCCAAUCCUAAGGCUAGAGAACUAAUUAAUAGAAUGCAAAAAUUUUUUGAGCUUUUAUUUGAGUUGGAUAUAAAACCUUCUUUGUGGAAAUAUGUCCACACACCGAAAUUUCGACAAGCGAUGAAAAUCAUGGACGAAAUGAUUGACUUGACUACUUACUACAUUGAAGAAGCUAUAAUAGAAUUACAAGAACAACAGAAAACUAUUAGUAAUAAAGGGAAUGUGAAAUCUGAACAUGAAAAAAGUAUCUUAGAACGAUUAAUAAAUAUAGAUCGCACAGUAGCUAUUGUAAUGGCUUUGGAUAUGUUACAAGCAGGUGUAGACACAACGACAUCCGCCUUAGCUGGCUGUUUGUUAUGUUUAUCUAAAAAUGCUGAAAAGCAAGGUAAACUACGUUUGGAAAUGAAGCAGAUAUUACCAGAGAGGCAUAGCACCAUAACAGGCGAAAAGCUUAAACAUUUGCCUUAUUUACGUGCCUGCAUAAAGGAAGCUUUACGUUUGUAUCCUGUUGCCACUAGCAAUUUUCGAUCGACUGGACAGAACGUCAUCUUGAGUGGAUAUCAAGUGCCUCAGGAUACUGAUAUAGUUAUGCCCGGUCAGUUAAUAACCCAAGAUGAGAAAUAUUAUGACAGACCGAAAGACUACUUACCAGAACGUUGGCUACGUAGUGAAAGAGGCAAAACCGAUGGAUCUGGUUGUCCGUUAAAUGUGAAUGAACCUUUUGUAUUUUUACCCUUCGGCUUUGGACCACGUGUUUGUAUUGGAAAACGUAUUGUAGAUUUGGAAUUAGAAGUAAUUUUAGCAAAAUUGGUACGUAACUUUUAUAUAAGCUUUGACUAUGAUGUGGAGAAUGUAUUCAAAACCCACGUAAUUAAUGUCCCGAACAAACCACUACAAUUUAAAUUUGUAGAUACAGAAAAUUAAUUGUAUUCUUAAU